UCUCUCUCACUUUCUGUGUCCGUGUGUUUAUCUAUCUCAGACUCAGAGUUCCCCAACCGCAUAAACACCUUCUUCAUUCAUCCAUCCUUCCAAGUUCCUUUCUUUUUCCUCUUUCAAUAUUCAAAACCUUCAUAACCAUAUCUCUGUAUUACUAUUAUCCAAUCAUCUUCUCCAAUAUCAGUUACCAAUUCCAAAACUCAUUCCUCUCAUUGAUGGAUGGGCCAUAACCUUCUUCUUCUUCCAUGGCUAUCCAAAACUCUUUCUCUUCUCCCCUUUUUCUCAUCUUAAUCCUUCACAGACCACCCAUUAACGCCCUUGAUCUUCUCCUCAUUUUUCUCCAUACCCUUUUAUAGCCAUCAAUCACUCUAAAUAUUUCAACUUUUUUAAUUCUCUGGAAAAAUAUUGAAUCUUUCUUGUUAAUUCAAAUACCCUUUUGAAUUUUAAUGGCUUCAGUGUUGGUUCAUCAUGUGGUGGGAGAUCUGACGGUGGGGAAACCGGAGUUGGUUGAGUUUCAUGUGACUGAGACAGUGGAAUCUGCUAUUAGAGCAAUAGCGGAAUCACCUGAAGGUAGCAUACCUAUUUGGAAGAAGAGAUCUCAUGGUGUUAUUGAUAAUAGUGAUAUGAGACAGAUGAGGUUUGUUGGUAUUCUUAGUUCAUUUGAUAUUGUUGCGUUUUUAGCUAAGACUCAGUUUUUGGAGGAUCAAGAUAAGGCUUUGAAGAUGCCUGUUUCUGAGGUUGUUCUUCCAAAUAAUUCUUUGCUUAGGUUGGUUGAUCCUGGAACAAGGUUGAUAGAUGCAUUGGACAUGAUGAAGCAAGGUGUGAAACGUUUGCUCGUUCCAAAAAGCAUAUUAUGGAAGGGCAUGAGUAAGCGAUUUUCAGUUAUCUACUAUGACAAGUGGAACAAGAAUCAUGAAUCUCCUACCAGCAGCAGCAACAAUCUACUCGCAAACCUAAGCCGGAACUCAUCGUCUAGUACAUCUAUCCGUGAUAAGUACUGUUGUCUCUCCAGAGAAGACGUACUCCGUUUCAUAAUUGGUUGUCUUGGAGCUCUAGCUCCACUUCCUCUCACUUCCAUUUCCACUCUUGGAGCAAUUAAUCCAAACUACAGCUAUAUCGAAUCCUCCACUCCCGCCCUCGAAGCAACUCAAAAGGUUCCUCAAGAUCCUAGUGCAGUUGCGGUGAUAGAAAGCACGCCGGACGGUCAAUGUAAGAUCAUCGGAGAAAUUUCUGCGUGCAGAUUAUGGAAAUGUGAUUACUUAGGUGCUGCAUGGGCAUUAGCCAAUCUCUCAGCGGGACAGUUCGUCAUGGGAGUUGAAGAUAACGUUACCUCACGAUCACUUCCAGAGUUAUGUGUCAAUUCAAAAACCGGAGAUAAUAAUUUGGUUAAUGGAGGUGGUUCGAGAAAGCCGAAGAAAUUCAGUAGUAGGAGUAUCGGUUUCUUCAAUAAUUCGGCAAGCCAUAACUUUGGUUCAAGGAGCAUGUAUAGGGGUAGAAGCGCGCCGUUGACGUGUAAAAUGACUAGUUCAUUGGCAGCAGUAAUGGCUCAGAUGCUAUCUCAUAGAGCAACUCAUGUUUGGGUGACUGAAGAUGAGAAUGAUGAUGUUUUAGUUGGUGUGGUUGGAUAUGCUGAUAUAUUAGCUGCUGUAACAAAACCACCUACAAUCUUCAUUGCUGCUAAUAAAUCUUCUACAGAAGGGUUUGGAAAUGAAAUUCAAUGUUGAUUUUUGUUUAAUAGUUUGUUGUAACUUUGGUGAUAAAAUAAUACAUUGAGACUGAAAAUGGGUUUUGUUGUUUGCUUCUACAAGUAUGUUGUAUUAUUUGGUAAUGACAAUAAAAAGUUUGCAUGUGCUUUUGAUUUGAUUGA